CUGGCCCUCCUCGCGCCAGCCGUGGCGGCCGGCGACGACGACGCGGAGUACGCGCACUGCAACUGCGACGGCGGCGGCGGCGGCGGGUUCUGGAGCAUCGAGAACAUCUUCAAGUGGCAGAAGGUGAGCGACCUGCUCAUCGCGGCCGCCUACUUCUCCAUCCCGCUCGAGAUCCUCUACUUCGUCGCCGGCCUCCGCCACCUGCUCCCGUUCCGCUGGGUGCUCGUCCAGUUCGGCGCCUUCAUCGUGCUCUGCGGCCUCACCCACCUGCUCACCGCCUUCACCUACGAGCCGCACGCCUUCGCGCUGGUCCUCCUGCUCACCGCCGCCAAGUUCCUCACCGCGCUCGUCUCCUUCCUCACCGCCAUCACGCUGCUCACGCUCAUCCCGCAGCUGCUCCGGGUCAAGGUCCGCGAGAGCCUGCUCUGGAUCAAGGCCCGCGAGCUCGACCGCGAGGUCGACCUCAUGAAGCAGCAGGAGGAGGCCAGCUGGCACGUCCGGAUGCUCACCCAGGAGAUCCGCAAGUCGCUCGACCGCCACACCGUGCUCUACACCACCCUCAUCGAGCUCUCCAGGGUGCUCGGCCUCAGCAACUGCGCCGUCUGGAUGCCCGCCCCCCAGGACAAGGCCGCCAUGCACCUCACGCACGAGCUCCGGCGCGGCGGCAAUGUCGAUGGCCUCGUCGCCAUUGCGGUGGACGAUGCCGAUGUUGUCGAGGUCAGGAGGAGUGAUGACGUAAAGCUGCUCGGCCCGGACUCCGCGCUUGCUUCCGCGAGCGGCGGGGGUAAGGAGGACACCGGCACCGUGGCGGCCAUACGGAUGCCCAUGCUCAAGGUGUCGGAUUUCAAGGGCGGCACGCCGGAGGUGAUCCAGACUAGCUACGCUGUGCUGGUGCUUGUGCCUCCCAGCGGCAAGAAUUGGGGCGCUCACGAGCUGGAGAUCGUCGAGGUGGUCGCUGACCAGGUUGCCGUCGCUCUCUCGCACGCGUCUUUACUCGAAGAAUCCCAGGCGAUGCGAGACCGGCUCGCCGAGCAGAACCGUGAGCUGCUGCAGGCGAGGCGGGACACGCUCAUGGCGAAUGAGGCCCGGGAUGCGUUCCAGCAUGUCAUGAGCCAGGGAAUGCGGCAGCCGAUCCACACCAUCCUCGGCCUCGUGUCCGUGGUGCAGGAGGACAACCUCACGCCCGAGCAGAAGCUUGUCGUCGACACCAUGGGGAGGACGGCCACCGUCGUCUCGACGCUCAUCAACGACGUGAUGGAGAUGUCCGCCACCAACCGGGAACGCUUCCCCCUGGAGACACGGCCAUUCCCCUUGCACUCGAUGAUCAGGGAUGCCGCCUGCGUUUCGAGGUGUCUCUGUGACUUCAGGGGGUUCGGCUUUGCGGUGCACGUCGAGAAUACGCUGCCGAACCUUGUCAUAGGUGAUGAGAGGAGGAUCUUCCAUGUCCUCCUCCACAUGGUAGGCAAUCUCAUUAGUCGGAUCGACUCGGGGCAUGUCACGUUCCGGGUGCGUGCCGAUGACGAGGUCACCGAGGAUACCCUUGGGCAGAGGUGGGAUCCCUGGAGGCCAAGCUACUCAAGUGGCUACUCUUCGGUUAAGUUUGUUAUCGGGGUGAAGAGCCAGCAGAGCGCCGACUCGAUGUCAUCCCAGGGACAGUUCUUACGGAAGCCAAUUGGUGAGGGUUUUGAUCUCAGGCUUAGCUUCAGCAUGUGCAGAAAGCUUGUGCAGAUGAUGCAAGGGAACAUAUGGGCAGUUCUUGAUGGGCAAGGAGUGCCGGAGAGCAUGACCCUGGUCCUGAGAUUCCAGCUGCAACCACCCCUUGCGCCAUCCAGUACUGGAGGAUCAUUCGAGCAGCAAUACACAUCGCCGUCGUGCCAGCUAACAGGGCUGAAAGUCCUGCUCAUCGACGAUGACGACAUAAACAUGGUCGUUGCCCGGAAGCUCCUGGAGAAGCUUGGUUGUGUUGUCUCCUCGCUCCCCUCAGGAUCAGGGUUCCUGAACUCGGUCGGCCCCUCCUCGUCCGUGUAUCAGGUCGUCAUGGUGAACCUUGAGAUGACAAGGGUGAACGCGUUGGACGUCGCCGCCAGGGUCCGGCAGUACAGGAGCGGCCGCUGGCCCUUCGUGAUGGCCAUGACGUCCGAGCAGAGCGUGUGGGAGAAGUGCGCGCAAUCCGGGAUCAACGGCAUCCUCAGGAAGCCGGUCGUCAUGCUGGAAAUGAAAGAAGAGCUCACUCGAAUUCUUCAGAGCGCAUGAUGUCUGCAGGCUUGUUGCGAAGAGCUCUGGUCCAAAAUGGUGAAAAUCGCCAUCGCUGUGACCGCUGACAGACCAGGGGCCCUGCCGUCUGGCAUCCGGAGAAAGAACCUGGAAAUCUUUGAUUAAAAGAAGUCUUCUUUGAUGGAGCAAAUGCACAUUUGCCGUUCAGGAUUUCUUUUUCAGUUUACUGUUGUGCAGUAUUGCCUGUUGCCCUCCAGCCAGGAGCUCUGUGGCCAUGUCAUUUGUGCCAUAUACCAUCAGUAAGAUCGGAGGUACACCUGAGGAAGGCGCCUGUUACUUUGAUUCUUCAUAGAGAUCUAGGAUGAUAUGUGAUGGUCAGUGGUAGCAACAAGAUUUUGUGGCGCCGAACAGGAUUAUCGUAAGGAUGGAGGCGGCUGGAACCGGAAGACUGAUUAUUCUGACAGAAGAUGAAGUAGAAGAAAAGAUUCAUCAGAGGUGUAUUUAGGAAAAUAUAUUGAUGGUUCAGUGAGGAAGCAUAAGUUUCCUUUAUCACUGGAUUGAAUGUAGGUAUGUAAUGUGGCAACAGAGCAUGUCGUAUUCAGACAAGUUCAAAGAUAAUGGAUUAUUCUGAGGACCACCGAGAAUUGGUUGCACAA